AUGAGUGUGACCUCAUGGUUCUUGGUGAGCAGCUCGGGCACUCGCCACCGCCUGCCACGCGAGAUGAUCUUUGUCGGUCGAGAGGACUGCGAGCUGAUGCUGCAGUCUCGUAGUGUGGACAAACAGCAUGCCGUGAUCAACUAUGACCCGGCUACAGAUGAGCACCUUGUUAAAGAUCUGGGGAGCCUUAAUGGGACGUUUGUAAAUGACCUCCGUAUCCCUGACCAGACCUAUAUUACCCUGAAGCUCUCUGAUGUUGUUCGCUUCGGAUACGAUUCUCACGUUUAUAUCAUGGAGCAGAGUCAACACAAAGUCCCAGAAGAGGCUCUUAAGCAUGAAAAGUACACCAGUCAGCUGCAGAUGGGUAUGAACUCUGUGGAAAUCAGGAAGCAGGAGCAGCUGGAUGAGAAGAGCCGUCCUGGCGAAUCGGCUCACUCAAAGCAGGAAAAGAACGAGCGUAAAUCCAACACAGAGGCUCCAGUUUUUAAGCCCACCCCUUUGUAUGGCAAACCUUCAUGGUGGGGUGAUGCUGAUGAGGACAAGGGUAAAUCCAGCGAAUCAACAGCCAAUCACACAGCAACAGAAAAACAGAGGGAGGAUUCAGUGCAAGAGAACAUCAUCCCCUCCUCUGAACAUCAAGAAAUAUCAGCCUUUCCCAGUCGAAAGGAUGCAAGUUACUUUGAGAUUAGCACUAAGGAACUGCAGUCCAGACCCAAAAACUCAGAGCAAGAGAUUCAAGUCAUUCCCACGAAAGACACUGACAACAAAGCCCCCCCUACCCCUCCUGUAGUGCAGAGUCAUGCCUCAUUCACCAUAGAGUUUGACGAUUGCACUCCAGGAAAGAUUAAAAUCAAAGACCACGUCACAAAAUUCUCCAUCCGCCAGCACAAGAAUCCCAGCAAGGACUCGGUGGCCACUCCGACAGAGGUGCUAUCAGCCGAGAGCAAGGUAGCUGAUUGGCUUGUACAGAGUGACACAAGCAUGAUGGGAGUGAAGUCCAGGUCUGGGGAUCUUUACAGCACCGAAAGUGACCUUUGCACUAACAACAAUCUAAGAGAUGGACUACAGAGUGACUUGGAGAAUCCUGCCUCUCAUUCUGAAGAGCUUUUAACAGAGCCCAUCCCACUUCGAAUUUUGACUCCCCCCGAGAGAGAAGAACCUCCUAUGAGCUCAACACCACGCCAGAGUCAAGCCAAAAAGGAGCCCCAGCAGGCUUAUGUAAUCGAGUUCCUCGAUGAAGAUAUGAGCAUGAAGCAUUCACAACCUUUUUCCAAUCACACGUCUCCUCCAGAAUCUCAUGCUGUCUCCAGGCGGAGGUCGGAAAAGGCUAGAAGUUUAGUCCAGUCUGGAGAACAGUCGGUCUCAUCAUACCACACUCCCACUCACCGGUACACUAGAGGUUUGGAUGGUCCUCAGAGAGCUACAUCUCUGAGAAGGGAGAAGAGUGACCUUGAAGCCAGCACCUUAAACUUUUCCUCCCGCUCAGCUACCUCCAAACCGUUCGGUAGCGUGGGUCGCAAGUCCAGACUGGCAAUGGACUUUGUAGCCGAGUUCCUCAAAAACAAUCCCACUGCCACCUCAGAGAAGCCCUCCAGCUCACAGGGGUCCCUAGAACUUUUGCUUACAUCCACACCUGCCGGCAGCACAGACAUCAAGACUCAUAGCUCCAGGCAGGAAGAAGAGGACAGUUUGAGUGAUGCUGGAACCUACACGAUCGAGACAGAGGGUCUUGAUAAAGAAGUUGAUGAGGCGCGUAAGAUGAUUGAUCAGGUACAGUCAACAUCACUGACUACUGGUAGCACCAAGUGGGUAUCUCGCUGGGCUAGUCUGGCUGACGGCUAUUCAGAUUCAAAGUCGGGACUCACUGACAACCCAGGACAGACGGAUCUUUCAGUCCCUCAGUCUACCUUAAAUCAAAACCACAAUAGCACAGAAUUGGAGAGUGACCAGAUGUCCAGAGCAAGGCGAAUUCUACCCCAGUUGCCCUCACGAGAGAACACGAUGGAAAAUCCACCUAGCAUUCACAUCCAGUCAGACUCUUACUUGACUUAUGAUGAUGUAAAUAAGAACAUGCAUGGUUCACUGCAGAAGGAGGAUCGUCAGAAGCUGUAUGUUCAGGCUGAUCUAGAUCCAGACAGUCUGAGUGAUGCCAGCCGGUCAGACGACGGAUCGGUCAUUGAGCGGAGUAGAAAGUCUGGUACUGGAAGAACUGAGAAUGCUCAUUCUGAAGUUAAAACUAAGACAAUAUCCAAACAAGAAGUCCAGUCGGCCUAUCAUGAAGAUGUCACUGAUUCAGACCAAGGUUUUACCACAAAGUUCUCUACUUCAACCUUAACCAGACAGUAUGGCAGACACAAGUCGGGCCGUUCAGACCGAGAUGACUCUGCAGGCAUGGAGAAUUCAGCCUCACUUAUCAGACAAGAAAGCUAUACCAAACCUCGAUCUAGUGAUGACAUCCAUUAUAUGAAAUUGCCCCAUAUUUCAGGUUCAGAAUCCAGCAAUAAUGCAAAAGCAUUCGAAGGUGUGGGCAACCACGACACCCAGUCUUACCUUAAAGAGACUGAGAAUGUGCUUGCUGCUUUGGAGUCCAAGCUUCAAGAACAGAAAUAUGACCAAUCCCCUUGUCCUCGGGAGGAAUCAAUUUCUGGGGAAUCUGAUGUAGACACAUCCAGUACAGUCAGUCAGCCUAGUGGUAAAAAUGUCUCUAAGAAGCCUACGAUCCACACUGACCUGCUGAAGGAGAAGAAAACUGCUAGUCAGCGUGCUCAAGUUCCAAACUCUUUUCAGUCACCUGGCGAUUCUGGCAGGUCCUGCCAGCUACGUCUUUUUACAGGAAAACAGGAAUCGCAGGACAAUGAACCUCCGAACUCCAGGAUUCAUCACUGGUCUGGAGGUAUGUCGGACCAGGAGUCAAGUUCCAGACCUGUUACGAGAAAGUACACCAUCCCCCUUCAGAAAGAUGGCUCCAGCAGGUCCACCAAAAGCUCUGUCUCUCAAGCAUUAGCCCGCUCUAACAGCCUUUCUGCACCAAAGCCUACUAGGACAUCCAUGCUGCGCCGCGCUCGCCUUGGCGAUGCAUCUGACAAUGAUGGUACGGAGACAGACCGCACCUCACAGAACUCUGAUGGAAACCCUUCCUCCAACAGACCACAGGAAACCAAGGGACUUUCUCGACUGGACAGGUUGGCUCUGCCAAGAAGGAGAACUGGCUCAUUCACUACGCCCAGUGACUCUGAGUCCUCGGCUGUGAAGACUGGGUAUUCUAAUCGCAGCAGCGCCGAAUCUGGUUUCCCAGUGAGGAAGUCUUCAGUGUCAGAAAUUAAGACUGGUGUACAGAAGGGUCCGGGGAUGACAGGCAGACAACCGAUUAUUCGUGGACGGUCCAGCAGUGCAAAAUAUGCAAGCAGUACAGCCAGCUCCAGGAGACGUCAAAAGAGCUCAGACUACGCUUCCACGUCAGACGAGGACUAUGAGUCUAACUAUAGCACUGCUAAACAUAAACGCUCCCACCAUUCAGGAGUCUUGAACACCUCUAAAACCCACACUUCUGACCUGGGACGACCACCAUCCAGAGCCAGAGACUCUGAAGGAGAAGGACAUGAGAGUGACACCUUUCAGAACUGGACGAGCCACAGUGCUGAGAUUGCCAGGUUGAGUCAGGAUCUGGCUAAAGACUUGGCCAUCCUGGCCCAGGAGAUUCAUAAUGUAGCUGGUGAUGCUGAAACUCCAAAUUCUUCAUCUGCCGAUGCUAUAAAACCAGCUACAUCUGCCUGUGAGGAGGUACAGCAUCAGAUUCCUGAAACAAACAGCUACCUGAAAGUUUCCCAAAGUUCAACUAUGCCCAGGGGUCCAGACCAGAUGAUUCAUGAUCACAGCCUUAGACAACAGAUUAGAAACCAGGACCAGGCUGCUCUGGAUAAUUCCAUGCUCAAUCCUGUGUCCCAGCUUUCCAUGGCUAUCAAAGACAAUGCGGAGCAACUGACUGAGAAAAUAAAGCUUUUGUUUCAUAAUAAGGCAGAGUCACUGGAUGAGAUUGAGGCAAUGAUUAAUGCUGCUGAUGACUCUCCACCGUUGGAAAGUCCAAGCAAGGAAAUAAUGACAAUCAUGCGGAACCUUAAAGGAAUUCAGAAACGGCUAGAUGUCAUCAACACUAUUAUUGAACCCAGUGGAAACCAAAAUCCGACCAGGUCUGUCCCUGCAUCUGCUAGCUCUUCAGUGGGUGUAAGCAGCUUAAGAUCUUCGCUCAGGAACUGGCGAGUCUCCUCCUCCCAGCGCAGUGUAGGACCUUCAGCCAGCAGUCGGCGGGUUCGGUAGGGUGUUUGAGAGGCAGGGUUUUUGAUGGUUUGAAAGAGAUGACAUCAUUUCCUACCUCAUGAUGUGUCAUGUUAAAUGAAGCUGCUUAUUUAAACACUGGUGACCAAACGUUAGGGCAUGUAGAUCUAGAGCAUUAAGGCUUAGGUUUGGUAUUAUUAGACCCAUUUGCACUGUGUGUGUGUGUGUAUGUGUAUAUAUAAGAAUAUAAGAAUGAGUAUUAAAGCAGAUAAAUGAUUCACAUAGCAUUACAAGAAUAAUGCCUGGUCCAGACUAAUGCAAAUACAUUUGAAAUAUCUGGUCUUAUCUGUUGCAUUUUCAGUCACACAAUAAUGGUUUAGUUCAGAUUAGUUAUGUUCAUUCUAUGAGCGAAUUCUAUUUAACAACACUAUGGUCUGCUUGGGAUCAUGGGGUACAUUUUGGUGUAAUUGCAAAGGCCAGGCAUCGAGUUGUCCUCCACUUCCACUUUUUUCUAGAAUAGAGGAGCACGAAGUAAGCAUGCAUCAGGUGAAUAAUUAUUGUAAAGAACAAUCAAGGUUUACCUUUAUGUCCCUGUAUAGCAGACAUGAUGUCAAAACUGCACAAUCAACAAAUUAAAUAGCAUUUUUCUGUCUGAAAACAGACGUUUUGAUGACGCCCCAGAAAACUGACUCAGAUAGUGUGAGAAUAGUUACCACAUAACCAGGCCUACAUGUUAUUGCCUAAUAAUACAGGCAGAAUAGAAUAAAUAUUUACGCCUAUUGAAGUUCCCUGUUCACAUGAUCUGUGCAGUGUCCAUCACAUGCAUUCACAGCAGAAAAUGGCUCAGUGAAUCAGAUCUGAACAUAAUUUUUAUUCCAAUAUAUUAUAGAUUCAGUGUUUUGGGCUAGAUCCAGCCUUAAUAGCAACAUUCAGUUUGGGAUUAGUGCGGUUCUAAAUACAGUAGAGCUCGUUGGGUGCCUUACUUGUACUGUAACUUAUUUAUGAUGAAAUGACUGCUUUGAUUUUUGCAAAAUAAUGACUUAUAUAAUGAAAUAUGUGGAGAAACAGUAUAUAAUUAUUAAUAAUUCCUGGGGUGUUUGUGGUUACAUUCUUUUAUAUGUGGUGAUUAAAGAAUGUGUAAAUCAGUUGAAUUUUUUUCUUAUUUCACAAAUGCCAAUGUAUGCACUUUAAUUUCUUUUGAUUUAUUUGAUGGUGUUGUUUUCUGUUUAUACUUUAGUUUGUGUAAAUACAUGGAUAUAUUUAGCAGAGUAAUUAUUCUGUCUGU